AUGAUGGGUGGCGAUGACUUUAAUUUUAGUAUAGGUAAUGAUGGUGAUGGCUCUGAUUCCGGUAAAAAUGUUGGAGGAGAUGGCUUUUGUGAUAAUAGUAAAGUGAUGAGGGGUGGUGGUUGGAUUCACGUCAUAGAUAUGAUGAAGGGGAUCGACGAUUUAGGGGCGGUGGUGACGAUGGCGAACAUUGGUGGUCGACGCUGGGUGGUUCUUUCCCCUUCUACUAUCUUCCUUGGUGGUGAUCGAUCUAGUGAUGGUGGUGUUGUCCCUCGGAAAAAAGCAAUGGUGAUGAACACAAUGGUAGGUGGCCGGAGGUGGAUGUCGGACCUGUUUUUCGGCGAGGUUUUGGGUGGUUCUGUUUGGGAAUUUAUGUCGUGA